UCGCGACCGAAGGUGCAAGUCAUGAUUUUGAUUGCAGCUCAUAUAUCACAGAAACAUUAAUCAAAAAUGGACCAUACUACUACGCAAAUUUCUCAAUCCCGCUUGCAUAUGGAUACAGAUUUAAUUUAGAUUACUCAAAUGUCACAAGUUAUGCAGACCGUAGAGAAAUACUGAUCGGUUUUCAAGUAAAAUUUAUGGAUCAAAAUAUUAAUCCAAGUCUAUUUGUUGAAGUUUCUGAUCCAG